AUGGAUUUUAUGUUUGACUACGGUUUUCAUUACAUGAAUACAGACAUAGAUCAAUUAUUGGACGGUCUGGACUCCAUCAAGGGCGCUCGUAAAGUCGGGAAACUCUUUGUCUUUGGAUCUGAAGCUUUCCCAUUUCUAGCAGCAAAGGCGAAAUCUGGAUUUUCUACUGCGGCUGCCGCAUCCCUCUAUGGAAAGGGACGAAUUAUAUUCCUAUCUCACGAAAGUUUUAUCACGCCAACGGAUAACUAUUUUGAUAAAUUUCAUGUGAACUGUGUAAUGUGGGCGGUUGAUUACGAUGAAAAAUCCAAGCUAGCCCCUGUCGUUAUUAAGAGUAAGCCGGGUAAAAAGAUCGCGAGCUGUCUGACCGACAGCGGGUACCCGACGCAGGAGUUACCCGAGGAAGAGAUUAAUCCAAGCCUUUUUAACUUGGUAAUAAUCCCCACAGCACUUGACAUUUCUGAGGGCUUCGCAACAAAGCUAGACGGUUAUGUCAAGAAUGGCGGUGGACUCAUCGUUGCCGCAAACGCUGGGCUACUAAACUUAACAUACGCAAAAACCAUGCCCUUGAAUAAGCUAAGCAGACAUGCGGGUGUAUUGUAUCUAAAUGAACAAGCACAGCCUUCCCUGGACGACGAUAAGUAUAAUACUUCAACAAAUCUAGUGACCUAUGGUCAUUUGAGCGCCGCGGCCAGUGUUGUAAAUGAAGUAUUGGAUAAAAUCGACGCGACACCAGAUGCCCUAACAGACGCGGACGAGAACAAAUUUAUUUACGCCAUAAGUAUUGUUAAGAUAGCGGCAAACAAUUUGGAUACAGCCGACAUGAAGUUGGUGGAUGCUAUAAAGAUAAAGUGGUCCGGCCUGAAACCAGUCAAUCCAGCGAAUUUUACGGAAAUUAAUACCACUGACGCAAUGAGAAUACAAGUUCGUAUUGACCAGGAGAUUCUAGGCAGACUAUUUAAUGUUGAGGACAACUAUGCUCAUCCCGCCAGUGAACAUUUUCCCGGUGCUGUUAAAAUUGACGGAAUAAAAUCGAAAGAAACUGUUUUUACUAUCGAUCUGGAUAAUGGUGGCGCCCUCUUUAAAACCUUAUAUGAGUAUGGUUGCACUGAAACCGCGGAAUAUCAAAAGAAAAUUAAUGGUACGAAGACUUCAUUCUCGGACUUCAUGGAAACUGAGUUUUAUUCACCGCCCGGAGUCAAAGUUAGCAUUAAAUUUUUAUCGGAUGAAAUCAAAGCGUUUUCCAUAUAUAACGGUAGAUUUGAAUUAGUGAGCCAGCGAGAAAUUUGGAACAAGUAUCCCACCAUAAAUUUUACAAAAGAUUUCUCUGGAAAUUUUGGGGAAUUCAGUGAUCCUUUCGGUGGCCCAAUUCAGAUCGGCAAAAUUGUAACACCCAUUACGUUAAGGAGGGUAUCCAUUAAGAUUUCGGGGGCAAUUGAGACACCCCAUUUCUUUCUGGAAAAAACCAAACUAACUGAUUGGGACAGAAUAAAAGGGCUUGAUGGACCAUGGGGAUAUUUUACGGCGCCAAGCUUACAGUUAAAAAUGCCGCGGCAGGGUUUUACUCUGAUUGAGAACCCUGAAGAAUUGAUGCUAUCUUGGCAGAGAGCGAUCGAUGCCUUUAAUGAGUUUCAUUCGGUGCCGUAUAGAAGCCACAAGUUGAAAGUCAACUUUGAUUACAUUCUGAGAACUAAGAACGCUGCAAUGAUUUCCGGACACGUUUCUGGAUUUAUUCGUCAUGCCAUCGUUGCGGCAAACCUAGCAUCUGUCCAGGAUACCAACGAAAUUUUCGGUUUUCUUCACGAAUUCGGGCACAAUUUUGACAUGGAUUGGUGGAGGUUCCAUGGCGGGGAAGAAUCCACGAAUAAUAUCAAUAUCCAAUACGUUCGAACAACGUUGCAAGGGUUUCCCAAAGAUAGCAGCCGGGCACCAGGACCGUUGGUGAAAUUUGUUGGUAACCACAGCAUUGUGGAGCAGGGUAGUCGCGACGUGAGAGCCUGGUUCUACUAUGAUUUGUUUAGGACGUUUGGAUGGAACGUUUACUUUAAGAUGGCCAUUCUGCAAAAGGGGGUGACGUUUGAAGGGGAUCGGUUGACGUCAAUUACACGGAACGACUGGUUCCUGAUACAAUUUUCGAAGUUAGUUAAACGAAAUAUGGCGUCUUAUUUAGACUCGUGGGGAUUAUUCACCACCAUAGAAGCCAAAAGGCAGGUGGAGGCGUAUAAGAUGUCCGUCUACCGAGCGGAAUAA